UAACAAAAAGACCUCCAUCUGUUCUUGUCACCAAAGAAGGCGAUAAUGUGGUCAUUCCGUCCAAAGCCUCUGGUUUUCCUAUUCCUAGAAUCUCGUGGUACAAAGACAACAAGAAAGUAGACGAGCGAUUCUAUGCAACUGGUGCUCUACGAAUAAGCAAUGUCAAGUUUGAAGACCAUGGGGUUUACUUAUUGAAAGCAAAGAAUUUCAUUGGUCAAGCAACAGCGAAAAUGAAAAUUGUUGUAAAUGCUGCUCCACGGUUCGUGGAGAUGCCUCCAGUAUACCUCAAUGGUUACGAAGACUGGAACACAACCAUCACAUGCAAUAUUUUUGGGUUUCCUGCUCCGCGUAUCAAAUGGAAACGAGCAGUGAAAUCUAUGUCUAAAGAACGUCAUAUAAUAACCGGCAACAGUCUUGUGAUUAUGAAUACAAGAAAAGAUGACAAGGGCCCUUAUAUGUGCAAAGGAAUUAACGAUCAUGGUAACGUGUUGUCCAUUGUGGUGCUGACUGUACAUCCUGUCAUUGCUCCAGCCAUCGUACAAUCCUCUCCUAAUAACGUGACCGUGUACAAAAUCUUGAGCCGCGUCAAAUUAAACUGUUCGGCUACUGGAUCACCGCUGCCAACGAUCGAGUGGAGCAAAGAUGGCCGACCUUUAUCUKUAARCACUACAGUUCRCCAGACCAAUAAAGAAACUAUAGGCGAGUUGGUCAUUGAUUCGUUCAUGUCUCAAGACCAAGGACGUUACAAAUGUUUUUUUAGAAACUACGAGAAUGGAACGGCUGAAGCUACAAUACAAGUCUCCCUAUUGAGCUGUGGCGAUCCUGGAAAACCCCUACAUAGCUAUCGCACUGGCAAUGAGUUCUGGGCUGGAAAUAUGGUAUUUUAUACUUGUGAUCCUGGUUACUACUUGGUAGGAGCAUCCAUCCGACUUUGUCUGGAAAAUGGUGCAUGGAGCAACUUUAUUCCAUCGUGUCGCCGUAUUUUUCAUAACUUGCAUUCAAACAUCCUUAAACAUCGAGAGGAAUAUUAUGAAUUAAUGACAGAAUGGCUGGCUCCAGUGACGAGCAUGCCAAUAAGAUGGGUACCAUGCUACCAAAGCAGACUUCACGGAUGGGCCAGUAGAACAUUCCAUUCAAACUGUGAUGGUAAAGGUCCGACUAUUACAAUCAUCAAAGUGAACAAAUACAUAUUUGGAGGCUAUACAGACGUCAGCUGGCUCAACUCGUUCCUGUUUUCAUUCGUAAACAAAGAUAACUUGAAGCCAUUUAAAAUGAAAGUUUUCAAAUCGCAGAAAGCAAUUGAAGGAAAUAUCAACUACGGACCAACCUUUGGACUAGACAUAUAUAUAUACAAUUAUGCUGGUAGCAACACAGCCUCCUAUACGAACCCUGGACGUACCUAUGUACUGAUUAAGGGCUACACAGCUGGAUCAACUAAAGCAAGGAACCUUCUUGCAGGAUCGUACAGGUUUCAGCCAGACGAGAUCGAAGUGUUUCGCCAAGAUGGCUUAGAGGUUUAGGUGAAAGAAACUCUAACAAAACACAGGGAUCCCACAAUAUGAUAUAUCGAUGCAGCUUUUAACACAUACGAUAAUUGCAGUAAAUAGACCUAAAUGGGCUAACGCGCUGCUAUAAACGUUUCAACCCAAUACUCCAGUUUCGAAUUCAAAGCGAAUAACCGCUGUUUUACUUGACAGCAGAUUCUCUUACGCAAAGAACUUACCAAAAUGUUGCUUGUACAAUAGCGGUAACAAUUUACAUUUUCCCCGAGUUGAGGCUAACCCUGUAUUCCCAGAAGGCUCAUACCUUAGAUCU